UUGAAAACAGAAGGAAGAUGGAGAAAAUUGCUGAAAUCAAACGCUCCAGACAACACAACUUAUUCUCCAAGAAAGAACUUAAUAACAACACCAAAGAGACAUGGAAACGACAUCUCCAGUAGCGAUGAUGAGAAAGAAAGCAUCGCUUCUGAAGAGAUGAAGAAGAAAUCAAGAUGGUUGGAUGAAGACGAGAAAGAAAACAACAUGGAUGAUGCAAUUUUCAAGAAUCAUAAGAAAUUAACUCCUAAACGUCGUAAAGUCGUAAAGGCAAAGAAAGUUGAAGAAAAUGAAGAUGAGAUUAAAUCCAAGAAAGAUCAGAACAACGAAGAUGAAAUUUUCGUUGCAGAAAGAGACUUGAAACUAGAAGAUUCCAUGAAAUCUAAAUCCAAAUCAAUGAAACCUAAGUCUCAUAAGGAAGAUUCAAUGAAAUCUAAGUCUAAAUCUGUUUCUAAAUCCAAGAAAUCGAAGAAAUCUUCUUCAUCGUCAUCGUCUUCUUCUUCCGAUGAUGAAGGUGCAAAAGAAUUAUAA